UCCUCUUGCCGCGCUACGAUAACCGCGUAAUUUCAUUUCAGUGCUGAGAAGGGCUCUUAAGUUACACAAACCGCGAACGCCCUUUGGAAAGAGUGCAAGCAGUCCUCCUCCUCUCCUCCAGAAGCAGCAAGAGGUGCUUUGCCUGCGCCUACCGCAGCGGAAGACUCAGUAACUUGCUCUUUUCUAGGGACCAGGCUAGACCUGACGUGGGAGAUUCUUCAUCGGAUCUCCCCAAUGUUGUUUACUUUUCAAUAUGUUUGAGUGCAGAUCCGUUUAUUUCAAUGGGUCUGCUCUCAGCAUAGCUUGUCUGGAUCCCAGCCUUUUGUGUCUGGCAAUCCCACUUACUAGGAAGUAAGCCCCACAGAUUUGUCGAACUUACUUUCGAGCAAGCAUGCACGGGAUCGCUCUGUUUGCGUCUUUUCUCUUGCAACCGAACGAAAAGACUCUCCCUCUGGAAAGAGAAAAAACUUGCCGGCAUUUUUUAAAAAAACACAAGUCACCGCGAUCGGCACGAUUGGGUCAUUACUCUUCGGAAUCAUUUUUGGCCGGAACUUUGGUUGCCGACGUUGCGCUGUGUUGCGGAUGCGUUUUGUUGUAGCUCCCGGAAGAGCUGGAAGGGGAGACGUGUCUCUGGCGGCUGGACUGGGCAGUACCUGGUGCUGCAUGCCGGUGGCUGCUUGGGCCAUCUGGUUUUUAGGGUAACUUGUCGUUUCGGCACCGGCCAUGGCCGCCUCGGCGAAACUGGUGGAGCAGCUGCAGCGCCGCGUCCAAGAGCUGGAGGAAGAGCUGGCCCGGGACAGGGGACGCGACCAUGGCCAGCGAGCGCGGAUCAAACAGAUGAGCGCAGAAGUGACCGACUCCAAUCCGUACAGUCGCCUGAUGGCACUGAAAAGAAUGGGAAUUGUGAAAGAUUAUGAGAAAAUCCGCUCCUUUGCAGUCGCAGUGGUGGGUAUUGGUGGAGUUGGCAGCGUAACUGCUGAGAUGCUGACAAGAUGUGGCAUUGGUAAGCUGCUCCUGUUUGAUUAUGAUAAGGUGGAGUUGGCCAAUAUGAAUAGGCUAUUUUUCCAACCACAUCAAGCUGGACUGAGCAAAGUGCAAGCAGCAGAACACACUUUGAGGAACAUCAAUCCUGAUGUCCAGUUUGAAGUACAUAAUUACAACAUCACAACUGUGGACAACUUUCAACACUUUAUGGAUAGGAUCAGUAAUGGUGGAUUAGAAGAAGGGAAACCUGUUGAUCUUGUUUUGAGCUGUGUGGAUAACUUUGAGGCACGCAUGGCAAUUAACACAGCCUGUAAUGAGCUUGGACAAAUAUGGAUGGAAUCUGGAGUGAGUGAAAAUGCUGUCUCUGGUCAUAUCCAACUGAUCAUACCUGGUGAAUCAGCUUGUUUUGCGUGCGCACCUCCACUUGUUGUAGCAGCAAACAUAGAUGAGAAAACACUAAAACGGGAGGGAGUUUGUGCAGCUAGCCUUCCCACCACUAUGGGAGUGGUCGCUGGCCUUCUUGUGCAAAAUGUGCUGAAGUAUUUAUUACAUUUUGGCACUGUGAGCUUUUACCUUGGCUACAAUGCAAUGCAGGAUUUCUUUCCCUCCAUGACUAUGAAGCCAAAUCCACAGUGUGAUGACAGAAACUGUAGAAAGCAACAGGAAGAGUACAAGAAAAAAGCAGCAGCAAAUUCAAAACAAGAAGUAUUUGAACAGGAGGAAGAAAUAGUACAUGAAGAUAAUGAUUGGGGUAUAGAAUUGGUUUCGGAAGUUUCAGAAGAAGAGUUAAAAGCUGCUUCUGGUCCAGUUCUUGAUCUUCCAGAAGGCAUCACAUUGGCAUACACAAUACCAAACAAGGAAGACAAUGCUAUAGCUCGGGGAGCAGUUGCAGAAUCAGAAGAAAGUCUAGAAGAACUUAUGGCUAAGAUGAAGAACAUAUAGCACAAAGAAUAGUUCAAGAUUACUGUAAUUUCAGCACUGGAGAAGUUGUUCUGUAACAAAUUUGACCUUUCAUUAAGUGUUUCAUUAUGUCAACGUUUUGCUAAUUAUGUGAUGUAAUUACUGUAAUGUAAGCUAAGACUUUUCAGAAGGUAUGAGGUCCAUGUUUUCAAUGAAAACUAAGGCAAACUGAUAAAUGUAAUAUAUAAUACAAGUGCCAAGAUGCCUUUUAGACCAAUUCAAGUGAGGAUAAAUAUAAUGACGGUAAAGAGUUCCUCCUUAGCAUGGCUGUAUAAGGAAAGUAUAUAAUAUAGUAAUUCUUUAUAGCUACUGAUCUUCCUAAGGUAUUCUUAGCUCUUCAGCCUAGUUGCUUAUAUAGCUUAUUUUUAAACAAACAUUGUCAUUCCUUAAUCAAUCAUAGGUGCCUGUCAGUUGUCCACGUAACUGAGUGUAUGUUUGUUAAUUCACAGCACCUCAUUUGUGUAUAUUUGAUGGGGCCGUAUUAGUGUCAGCACAGUUUGGGAUGUUACCUGUAAGCUGAAAAAUGUUUUACUGAGAGCGAGAUAGUUCCGCCUACCAGUUUGGGAGUGAUGAAGAUGAGAUCUCAGGAAACAUCUGGGUCCUCUGGCCAUGCAGUGUGUCACAAUGGGAAAAACGAAUUGAAGUAUAAAAUUGCUGUCACUGUGAUCUAACUGCAUGUGAGAAUAUUAAAUUCAGAAAUGCUCUUAAAAGUCAUGCCUAAUAUCCUCAGUUGCCAAAUAAGAGGAAAAUGAAGUCAUGAGAUUAUAGUUGGUUCAAAUUGACAGAGAAAAUUCCAAGACCGUGCUUGGGAUCAGUAGCUUGAAGCCUCUGCAUUAUGUGACAGAUGAUCUUGCUUAAUAUAUUCAACUGUUGAUUAUCUCACUCAGGUACAAGUGUUGUAUGAUAAAAAAGGCUCUGAAAAGUUGCUUAGGAGCUUUUGGAAUGUAGAGCUCUCAAAUGCCUCUUCCACCAAGCAUUUAGUUCGUUUCCUGUUGUUAGAGCAGGUCUACCAACGAUCAUUAAAGAGGUUGGCAACACUUAAAGGCGCUCUGCUUUAUAAUAAUGUAUAAUAAUGUUGGUUGUCACUGUAGUAGUAUUAUUAAAGGAGGCUGCAAUCCAAGGGAAAUAUACCUAGAAUCAUUGGCCUUAAGUGUAUUUAGCUCUAGUAUGGCCAUUUAAGAUCACCUGCAGUAAACUACAGCUAUGCUUCCUGGACUGCAACAAACAUCUGAAUAGUAUUUUUAAAGUAUGUUCUGGAAACAUUAGGUGGUGAUUAAUAUACAAAACUCUGUUAAGGGUAAAUUUUGGGUGAAAGUCACCAUGGCUCAGGUGGCCUUUGCCUGCUGUGCCCCUCUGAUCUGCUUCAGAGGAUUUCCCCAACCUUUCAAAGCAGAUUUGGUGAGUGGGAGAAGAGGAAGGGAAUGUCUCAUUGCACAAGAGGAAAUCCAUUUUGGUAGGAGACAAUCAUCACUGGAUAGCACCCUUUGUUUUUAAUAUUUAAACUUUUAAGUUCAGCUGGACCAGUACAUUAGUAAGAGGAAUCAAAUAGAUUUGCAAAAAGAAGCCUAGUGUUGAAGGAGAUGCCACAAUUAAUUGUCUCAAAUACUCCAGUUCUAAUUGAUGCUGUUGUUUUGAUGUAUUUUUACAACAGUAUUGUCUGCUGCUCUGGUGAAUUAACCCAACUGAAGUCUUUCUUGGAAAAUAAACUUUACUACUACUAGAAGCUCAGCACCAAACUAUUAGUUAUCCCUUUAUCACUAUUUGUAUAGUGUUCUUGACUUAUAAAGAAAAAGACUGUUAACAUGUAGAAAACUUAUCAUUUACACUGAAGUGAUUCUUACUCCCAAUGUGUAUGUUGUUUGGUUCAAAGAUACCUCAGGACAUAGUACUGACUUUACAUUUGCUCCAAAGAUUUUGAAAUUCAUACUACCAACUUAUAAAGAAU